CAUCUUCUCUCCAAUUCAAACUCAACGUCAAUUUCAAUUUCACCUUCUAUUUGUUUUGAAUCGAUUUCGAUUUCAAUUGAUUUCAAAUUUCACUCGAUUUCAUUUUCGAUAUGUUCCAUUUUCACUGUGUUUCGAUUUAACUCGGUUUCGAUUUAACUCGGUUUCAAUUUAACUCGGUUUCGAUUUCACCAGAUUUCACCUUCUCUACUCGGAUCUUGCUCGUAGAAACUCUUGUCUCGACUCUUUUUGAGAUGGUGCACAGAGGCUGGAAAUGAAACCUGUGAUAUAAGCCGCAAAUGACUUAUAAGCUUAGCUAGCUUCUCCUUAUAGAUCGGACGGAUGCUUAAAACUUUUCAACAAAAUUCUAGUAACUUCGAUAUGGAUGGUCAUGACAGUGUUAUGGACUUUGAGACAGAAGAACAUAUUGGUUCUACACCUCCAGUUUCUAAUAAUGCUGGUUUGUUGCCUCAAAAGCGUAAAAAUCGGUCAGAAUCAUGGAAUCAUUUUACACCGAUGUCGUCGAACACAGAAAUGUCAAAGUUAGCAAAAUGCAAGCAUUGUGGCUCCUUAAUCAAGUAUAAUGGUGGAACAAGCGCUAUGCUAGCUCAUUUGAGAAGAUGUAGUGAUAAUCCAGACAAUGCGGUGAAUGUGACGAUGCAUGAACCAUCUUCAAGCUCAAUGGAAAAUAGGGAAGCGGUUGUUAAUUCAUCUCCUUCGGCUCCCAAAUUUGACCAAGAAGUUAGCCGAAUGGACUUGACAAAAAUGUUUGUAGCCAUGGAACUUCCGUUUCAAAAGGUAGAGCAUCCAUAUUUACAUAGGUUCAUUUAUGGCUUACAACCAAAAUUUAAGUUCACAUCACGCAAUACACUAGCACGUGAUAUUUUGAAGAAUUGGGACGUGGAGAAAGCGAAGAUGAAGACUAUUUUGUCACAAAAUUGUCGCCGAGUUUGUAUCACUACAGACACAUGGACAUCUACCCAAGACUCUAAUUACAUGUGUCUUACAGGGCAUUACAUUGAUAACAAUUGGAAGCUACAAAAACAUAUUUUGAAUUUUACUCAAGUCACAGACUACACAGGAGAGAUUAUGGCCAAAACAGUUAAGAAGUGCUUAAAUGGUUGGGAACUAAAUCGUGUGCUUAGUGUUACCGUGGACAAUGCAUCUUCAAAUGACGUCGGAAUUCAACAUCCUGUCAUUUGAUUUGUAAAAGAAUUAUUA